UGGCGGCGACAGUGGCCGUAAAGCCCGAAUAAAGCGCAGAGUAAAUCCCACAGCUGUACCGGACGAACCGGACCGGAGCGGACACUCAUGACAGUCGUGCACGAGUAUUGUGUGUGCGUGUGUGGCGUGUUUCUGACGCGCGUGUGUCCGUGUUAAAGCCGCAGGGACCGCAGAGAUGAUGGAGGACGACGAGCGACAGAAGAAACUACAGGCCGGCAAAGCUAAGCUGGCCGAGUACCGUCAGAGGAAAGCUCUGUCUGAUGGACAGAAGAAACAGAAGAAGAAGAAAAAGAAGGUGGAAUCAGAGGAGCAGAGAAGAGAUGAUGAAGAUCAGACGCUGGGCGAACAGAGAGGAGAUCAGACUACCGUCUUCUCUCUCUCAAAGACUCUCCGCAGUGGUGAAACCGUCACCCACGAUCAGACUUACACCAUAGAGCCGGAGAGUGAGAUGUCCACGACAGCAGAAGACUGCUCCUCAGAGGUGAACGGUUUCCAGGAGAGGACAGGAGACGGUGUGGCGUCUGUGAUGGGGGAGGACGAAGAGACGCACGUGGAGCCGGACCACCAGAGCGGCAGUCCGGCACAGAUAAUGCAGGAUGAGUUGGCCGCUAAAACUCUGGCCAUGGAGGAGCUGAGCCAAGAGCUGGACGAGAUCAGGGCUGCGUUUGGAACUGAAGGAGUACAGCAGCUGCAGGACUUUGAGGAAGCGUUGAAGCAGAGAGAUGAAAUCAUCACGCAGCUCACGACCAACCUGCAGCAGGCGCGUGUGGAGAAAGAGGACGUGAUGAGAGAGUUUCUGGAGCUGACGGAGCAAAGUCAGAAACUUCAGAUUCAAUUCCAACAGCUGCAGACAGGCCAGAUACUGAGAAGCUCCAGCAUCAGCUCCAGCAUCAGCUCCUCCGCCGCUGAUCUUCUACAGGCCCGUCAGCAGAUAUCGCUGCACCAACAACAGCUGGAGGAGAGGGACGCACAGGUCAAAGGUCACCAGGAGAAGACACAGGAACACCUGUUAUUAAUCUCACAGCUUCAGGAGAGGCUUGAUCAAGCUGACAGGAUCCGCUCACAAUCUGAACAAUCAUCAUCUGAGCGUUUGCAAGAAAAAGAUCUGCUGAAUGCUGAGCAACAGCGUCUGAUUUCAGGUCACGCGCUGACGUUAUCUCAUCUCCAGGAUGAGAUGCUGACCACCACGCAACAACUAGAUGAAGUGAACAAACAUCUGUCUGCAAAGACUCAAGAGCUGGAGAACUGUGAACGAGAGCUCUCUGCGUCCAGACAGAAAGAGAGAAUGUCAUCUACAGAAAUACUGCAGCUCAUGAAGACCGUCGAGGACCUUCAACAGCGCUGUCAUCAGGGCAGCCAAUCAGAGGGCCAGACCAUCCAGAGAAUAGAGGAAGAUUGGACACGCAGGAUGGAUCAGCUCCGGGCGGAACUGGACGAAAUGUACGGGCAGCAGAUCGCACAGAUGAAGCAGGAACUUCGUGUCCAACAUGCAUCAGAGAUGGAUCGAAUGAGAGAGCAGCAUUCAGAAGACACUGAGAUGAUAGUCCUGCAGCAUCGCUCGGAGCUGGAGAGGUUUAAAGGUCAGCUGUCGCACAGCACCGCAGACAUCAACGUACUAAACGUGAGGCUGAUUGAGCUCCAGCAGAAGCUGCAGGAGUCGCAGGUGUUGCGAGAGAUGGCGGAGCGGGAACGGACGCAGAGUAACGCAGAAAACAUCGACCUAGUGAAUCAAAUGGAACGUUUGCACCAGGAGGUGCAGUCGGCAAUACGAUCCAAGAGUCCAGAGAGAAGCCGGACGGAAACACAGCUGCUGCAUGACGCAAUCAGUGACCUGCAGUCGCAGCUGGAUGCAGCGCAGAAGACCGCAGUUGACCUGGAGGCCAAGCACGAAUCAGAAAUCACCAACUACAAGAUCAAACUGGACAUGCUGGAGCGGGAAAAAGACGCAGUGCUGGACCGUAUGGCGGAAUCCCUGGAGGCCGAGCUGGAGCGUUUGAGGACGCAGCUGCUGUUCAGCCACGAGGAGGAGCUGUCACGACUCCGACACGACCUCCAGCGAGAAAGCCAACUCAACGGGGAGAACCUGCGAGACGAGAUGGCUGUGAGGCACCGCGAGUCCGUGGAACUCUUACGGAUGGAUUUCGAGGACAGGCUGAGGUCCGCUGAGAACGAGCGGGCGGCGUUGGCGGCAGAGAGAGGCGCGCUGCUUCAAGACAUCUCCAUGCUGAAAAGCGAUCUGAAUCGGGCGACGGAGAGCUCGCGGGCUGAAGAACUUGUCCUACAGCUGCGGGAGUUACAGACGGAGACGGAGAAUCUUAAACGGAGAGGUAAAACGAAAGAGGAAGACUGGGAGAGGAUGGAAUAUGAAAACAAGAUCUUAAAGGAGACCAACACGGCCAUGAGGGACGAACUGAUGAUCUUGAAGGAAGAUCGUGAAGUUCUCCUGCAGAAAACUCAACAUCUGUCUUUAGAGAAUGAACAGACGCACAUGCGACUGAAAGACCUUCAGAAUGAGAUAGAAAAGCAGAGAAACACUUUCUCCUUUGCAGAGAAGAACUUCGAGGUGAACUACCAGGAGCUGAAAGACGAGUAUACGUGCCUGGUGAACGCCAAGGUUCAGCUGGAGGAGCGUUUGAUCAAAGCAACGAUGGACUAUGAGACCAAACUCGGAGAGCUUCGAACGAGAAACAAAAGUGAGGAUGACGAGGCGCUGGUGGAAAAAGACGCCACUGAGCUGAUGGAAAAACUGGAGACGUCUGAGAGAGAGAAGAAGAUCCUGACACAGAGACUCUCUGAAUCUGUCGCUCAGGUCAGGGUGAUGGAGGCCGACGUCAAACGUCUUCAAGAGGAGCUGAAGAGAGACCGAGGUGAGACUGCUGAAGACUGCGGUGUGGCCGGUGGGCAGCGCUCUCGAGAAGCUCAUCGCGCACACAUCAGAUGUUUGGAAGAAAAGACGGAGACGCUGAAAUCGUCUCUGAUGAGCGCAGAACAAGAGCACGGCUCCGAUCUCCAGUGCCUUAGUAUCUUGACGCAGGAGAAUUCUGCUCCGGUGAAGUGGCCGGGGGUUUACAGAGACCCCUCCUCUCAGGCAGCAGCAGCAGCGCAGCAGAGCGAGGGCGGAGAGAGAGAGCUGCAUGCGAGUACUACAGCAGAGGCGCCUGCUGAACGCACACACGCAGCAGCACCGGCGCAACAGCAGAGUGAGAGAGGAGAGAGAGAGGCGCAUGCGAGUACUACAGCAGAGGCGCCUGCUGAACGCACACACGCAGCAGCACCGGCGCAACAGCAGAGUGAGAGAGGAGAGAGAGAGCCGCAUGCGAGUACUACAGCAGAGGCGCCUGCUGAACGCACACACGCAGCAGCAGCGGCGCAUGAGGAUGUGCUGACGGAGCCUGACGGCAGACGCCCGCAGCAGGUGAAGACAAAUGAUCCUGAGGAUGAUGGAGACUCCGUCAGAACUCAGUGUUUGAAACACACACAGGACAUGGAUGACUCUGAUCAUGAUGAGUGUCGGCUGCAGUUGGAGGCUCAACGCAUCAGUUUGUCUCAGAUUCACGCCGCUCAGCUGGAGCUGCUCAGAGAGAGUCUGCAUGCGCAGACGGAGGCACAGCUGCGCAGUCGAGAUCAGGCGCUGCAGGAUGCACAUGAGAGAGAGCUGCGGUGUUUGCAGGAGGAGAUGAGGAGCGAGCAGCAGGAGGUCAGGGGUCACUCUGAAGAGUUUCAGGAGCGACACAGACAGGAGACGGAGCGACUGAAGAUCUACUAUCAUCAGAAGAUGGAGGAGACACAGGAGCGCUGCACCGCUGACAUUCUCCUGCUCAAGAGAAGACUGCAGGAGCUUACAGGAACACAAGAACUCUUCAGCAUGCCGAGCGUCUCUGCGCCUCUGACGACUGAGAAACCGUGUGAACAUGAUCAGGAUGAAGAGUCUCUCUCUACUGAAGGUCUGUCACGUGAGCUGCAGGCGGUACAGGAAGCUCAGAGCGAGAGUGAGCGUCAGAUGAAACAUCAUCAAGAGCUGCUGGAGGAGGAGAUCGCAAAGGCAAUCGUGCAGAUGUCUGUUGAAUUUGCUCAGCGCACGGAACACACGAGACUCGACAAAAAGGCCCGCGAGACGAGCACAUCCACACAGACACUGAACGCUGAAGAUCUAAGACUGACUGACCCUGAUGCUGUAACCAUGACAACAUCACAGCAACACACACAGGGACCAGAGGAGGAGGAUGAUGGUGAUGAAGAGCAUCGUCCGGCCGUGCCACUGGAGGACUUUGGUUCAGAGCUCGUCCAGCAGGAGGAGGAACACACGCGUGUGCUGGACUUUCUUAGAGCAUCACACACACAUCAGAUGGAGAUUCUACAGGAGCAGAACACACACCUGACUACACAGAUACACACACUCAACCAGCAGCUGAUACAGAGAGAGCAGGAGCUGAUUGGAGAGACGCAGAGAGAUGAUCUAAUGCAUCCCAUCAUGCAAAGCAGCAGCACACAGACAGAGCAGAAGAACAAUGAAGACGAGGAGACGAAGAGCAGAGGUCGUGAGGAGCCUGUGACAUCACAACAACCUGCACAAGAACUCUUGUCUGAUGUCAUCGUUACAGAAAGAGACUUGUUGCGUAAAGCAAACAGUCGUCUGCGUCAGGUGCUGGUCGACGUGCUGAAGACGACGGAGGCUGCGGAGGAAACCAUCGGGCGUCACGUGGAGGGAAUCCUGCAGGGGUCCAGUAAAGAGAGCUUUCAAGCGUUCAGCGCACCUGCAGGAGACACGUCCUCUGAGACGGCCGCUGAAGAUGCGGGCAUGUUUUCGGGGGAGUUGGGCGCAGAAGAAGGGCUGGAGAGGAGUCAGGGGGCGGACCUACAGCUGCAGGAGGCGGAGUUUGAGCUGGAGAGGGAGGAGCAUCUUAUGAGCAUCAGCACACGACUGCAGAGCGCCGUGAAGAAACUUUUCAUCACCAUCACAGAGACAAGCACGAAGCUGGAGCAUGCACACAUCACACAGACGGAGCUGAUGCGAGAGAAGUUCAGACACAAUGAGGAGAUGGAGGAGCUGGUCAUCAGACAGGAGGAGCUGCAGGAGCGUCUGCGAGUGGAGGCGCGGGGUAGAGAACAGCUGGCGCUGGAGCUGCACAAGGCUGAAGGUUUGAUUGACGGUUACACAGGUGAGCGUUUAGCUCUGGAGCAGCAGGGGAGAGAGCGUGCAGAGCUGCAGCUGCAUCUUGAGCAGGAGCUGCGCGUCACCAGCAACCGUCUGCACGAGCUGGAACACGAGAGACAACAGAUACAACAGGAACGAGAGCUGGUGUCACGACAACAAGACGCCAUGAGAGAGGGGGCGGGGUCACGAGAGCUGCGACUAGUUGAAGCUGCGCUUGAUGCAGCACCUGAAGCAGAUCUGCUGGAGGAGACGGAGAAGCUGAUGGCAGAGAAGGUGGAGGUGCAGCGGCAGGCGCAGAAGGAGAGCGGCGAGCUGCUCCAGCAGGUGAAACAGUUGGAGGCGGAGCUUGAGGAGCAGGUGAACCGCGUGCAGGAGCUGGAGGAGACGCGCGGGACGGAGGCGGCGGACCUCGCACAACAGAUUCAGGCCUUAGAGAAACAGCUGGAGAAGAACCGCAAGUUCAUGGACGAGCAGGCAGCCGAUCGAGAACACGAGCGAGACGUCUUUCAGCAGGAGAUUCAGAACCUGGAGCAACAGCUGAAGAAUCCACAGAAAACACAGACGGGGAGUGAGCGCAGAGAGCGAGAGAUGCAGGAGUUGAGCAGCGCGCUGCAGGAGAAGUCAGACUGGUGCAGUGAGCUGCUCUUGAGCUCUGAGCAGCUGCAGCGAGAUGUGCAGGAGAGAGACGAGGAGAUAGAGACGCUGGGAGCGCGUGUGAGAGAGCUGGAGCUCAUGCACAGGGUUGAAGAAGUUCAGCAUGUGUCUAUGGCUGGCAGUGGGGGGGACGUCACACUGGAGGAACAGCUGCAAACAGAGAAAGAAGCUCUGGACAGGAAGGAGAAAGAGAUAAUGAAUCUGGAAGAGCAGUUGGAGCAGUUCCGUGAGGAGCUGGAGAAUAAGAGUGAGGAGGUGAAUCAACUUCACAUGCAGCUGGAGAUCCAGAGGAAAGAGAUCAGCAGCCACCAGCACGACCUGCAGGCUCAGAGCCGACUCACACAGGUGUUGGAGGAGAAGGACGGUCAAAUAGCCGUUCUUAACGCACAGAUCAGUAAAGUCCAGCACACAGGAACAGACACUCAGAAUGAGGCGGUGCAGGAGAAGAAUGGUGUUAUCCGCGAGCUGGAGUCUCAGCUGGAGCAUCUGAGGAGUGAACAGGAGCGUCUGAAGAGAAACAACGAGGAGGAGAUGGACCAGCUGAACGCUGUUGUUGAGAAACUCCAGCAGGAGCUGUUGAACAUCGAGCACAAACAGCCUCAUGAGGAGGAGACGUAUGUGGGGAAAGAUGAUUACCAAGAGAUGAAGCAGAAGAUGGACGAGGUCACCAAAGAGCUCGACACGCUUAAAUCCCAUCAGCGCUCGCUUCUGAGCAAAUAUGAAGAUCUGCAAGAGGAGACGCUCUCCGGGAGACACGCCGAGACGGUGGCAGAGCUGCAGGAGGCGCUGCAGGAGAAGACUGCUGCCUCCGUGGUGGGUCAGGCUCAGGUUCAGGCGCUGGAGGAGAGCGCCAGUUCAAAGGUCAUGGAUCUGAGGCAGCGUGUUGAAGACCUGGAGAUGUGUGUGGAGGAGAAAGACUCUGAGCUCCGUGUGUGCAGAAUGAAGGUGGAACGAGCACAGAGCGAUGCUGAAGCUCUCUUCUGUAAAGUGGCGCAGCUGGAGGAGAAACUCAGAGAGAAGGUGGCAGCUGUUCUAGUCGCUCAGGCUCAGCUCGGAGCCGUCCAGACACAAAGCAAAGAGCUCUAUGAUGAGGCUCAAGACGUAACAUCAAAACUGUGUGCCACCAGGACGCAGCUGGGUCCCAGGAUGAAGGUGCAGUCUAAGGACACACAGUCACUGUCUGAUGGUCCCAGUGUGAAGCUGGAGUCCGGGGGACCCAAAAAACAACCAGAAGGUCCCAAAACACAGUCUGAGGGUCCCAAAACACAGUCUGAAGAUCCCAAGGCACAGUCUGAAGGUCUCCAUGUACAGCUGGAGUCUGAGGGUCCCAAAACACAGUCUGAAGAUCCUAAGGCACAGUCUGAAGGUCUCUGUGUACAGCUGGAGUCUGAGGGUCCCAAAACACAGCCUGAAGAUCCCAAGGCACAGUCUGAAGAUCAAAGUGUACAGCUCAAGUCUGAAGGUCCCAAAACACAGUCUGAAGAUCCCAAGGCACAGUCUGAAGAUCAAAGUGUACAGCUCAAGUCUGAAGGUCCCAAAACACAGCCUGAAGAUCCCAAGGCACAGUCUGAAGAUCAAAGUGUACAGCUCAAGUCUGAAGGUCCCAAAACACAGUCUGAGGAUCCCAAGGCACAGUCUGAAGGUCCCAGUGUACAGCUCAAGUCUGAGGGUCCCGAAACACAGUCUGAGGAUCCCAAGGCACAGUCUGAAGGUCCCAGUGUACAGCUGGAGCCUGAGGGUCCCAAAACACAGCCUGAAGAUCCCAAGGCACAGUCUGAAAGUCCCAGUGUACAGCUCAAGUCUGAGGGUCCCAAAACACAGUCUGAAGAUCCCAAGGCACAGUCUGAAGAUCAAAGUGUACAGCUCAAGUCUGAGGGUCCCAAAACACAGUCUGAGGAUCCCAAGGCACAGUCUGAAGAUCAAAGUGUACAGCUCAAGUCUGAAGGUCCCAAAACACAGUCUGAAGAUCCCAAGGCACAGUCUGAAGAUCAAAGUGUACAGCUCAAGUCUGAAGGUCCCAAAACACAGUCUGAAGAUCCCAAGGCACAGUCUGAAGAUCAAAGUGUACAGCUCAAGUCUGAAGGUCCCAAAACACAGUCUGAGGAUCCCAAGGCACAGUCUGAAGGUCCCAGUGUACAGCUCAAGUCUGAGGGUCCCAAAACACAGUCUGAGGAUCCCAAGGCACAGUCUGAAGGUCCCAGUGUACAGCUGGAGCCUGAGGGUCCCAAAACACAGCCUGAAGAUCCCAAGGCACAGUCUGAAAGUCCCAGUGUACAGCUCAAGUCUGAGGGUCCCAAAACACAGUCUGAAGAUCCCAAGGCACAGUCUGAAGAUCAAAGUGUACAGCUCAAGUCUGAGGGUCCCAAAACACAGUCUGAGGAUCCCAAGGCACAGUCUGAAGAUCAAAGUGUACAGCUCAAGUCUGAGGGUCCCAAAACACAGUCUGAAGAUCCCAAGGCACAGUCUGAAGAUCAAAGUGUACAGCUCAAGUCUGAGGGUCCCAAAACACAGUCUGAGGAUCCCAAGGCACAGUCUGAAGGUCCCUGUGUACAGCUGGAGCCUGAGGGUCCCAAAACACAGUCUGAGAAUCCCAAGGCACAGUCUGAAGGUCCCAGUGUACAGCUGGAGCCUGAGGGUUCCAAAACACAGUCUGAAGGUACCAGUGUGCAGCUGGACCCUGAGGGUCUCAGGGUGGCGGCAGUAGCAUCAUCCACUGGUGAUAAAGUGAGUCUCCUGACAGAGAAGUUGAAGGAGCUUGAGGAGGGCUUGAGCGGUAUGCAGAAGGAUCAGGAGUUACAGAUGCAGCUGUUGUGCAGCUCUGAGGAGGAGGUGCAGGAGUACGAGAGGAGAUUAGCUCUUCUGAUGGAUCUGCUGAACCAGAUGAGAACCAAAGCAAGCCAUCACAGACCAGACUCAUCUGAUGAGGUAACAGACGGUAGUCAGUCGGUAACAGAGAUUCUUCAGCAGCUGCAGGAGGUCAAAGGUGAAGCUGCGUCCACUAAAGAAGAGUUGAAGUGCUACAGAGAGCUAAGUCAUAAGCUGCAGGCGGACACUGAGAUGAAGGAGAGCACGAUCACACAGCUCCAGACGGCUCUCACUCAGAUGUCGGCGGGCACGGGUGAAAAAGACACGGCCGAGGCUGUGAAACUCCUCAAAGAGGUCAAAGGUCAACUGUCAAUCACACAACAAGAGCUGGAGAGUUUCAGAGAUCAGAGCAACAGACUGCAGGUUCUGCUGCAGGAGAGAGAAAUGAACAUUGCACUGCUGAAGGAUCAGCUGCACAGACAGACAUCACGAGAGGAAGAUGGGUCGACAUCAGAGCUUCUGCACGAGUUACAGGAAGUGAAAGAUGAAGCUGCGUCCACUAAAGAAGAGCUGAACAACUACAGAGAGUGCAGUCUCAAACUACAGGAGCAGAUCGAGGUCAGAGAUGUGUCCAUCGCUCAGCUGAAGGAGGAAGUCCAGGAGCUGCGCGCUUUGACUGAAGCCAUCGAUGAGCUGCCAUCUCAACCCAAAAACAAACAUGAGGACAACAGAGAGCAUCAUGGGAAAAACAAAUCCAGUGACUUGAGUAAAGACACGCCUCCACUUUCUCAUGAAGUCUCCAGCGACCAAUCAGAGCUCUCCACGUCCUGCUCGUCUUUGAAUGGGACCCAUGUACCGUCUCGUGUGGAUGCGGAGACUCAAGCGGAUCUGAGCGGAGCUGUGGAUGUGGAGGACAUGAUCACAGGUUACACGGAGAAGAUCGGACAGAUGCAGGAGCUCCACGCGGCAGAGAUCAUGGACAUGGAGGCCAGACACAUCUCAGAGAGUGAGAGUUUAAAGACAGAGAGACAGGAGCUGGAGGAGCGGUGUGCAGCGCUCGGAGACGCCCUUCAGAAACUCAGAAGCGCUGAGGGGCCGUCAGUGAGAUCUGAACGACCAUCAGUCUCUCCAUUUAAAGAGGGAUACACCAGCGACAGCAGUUCAGAGUGGGGUCAGCGGUCGGGUUGUGAUCUUCCUCACCCCCAUCAGGAGCUCAGGACCACACCGGAGGGCGCUCGCAGAGACGUGGAGCCUGACGUUCUGCCUGACAGGAUCAAGACUCUUCUGAGAGAGGUUCAUCAGGAGGGCAUGCAGGUCCUGUCUCUGUCUGAAGCAGAGCGCUCUGGAGAACAACAGCUUCAUCAUCAGACCUGGAGCGUAGAGAGAGACGCUCUGAUCAACUCCAUUCAGUCUCUGAUAGAUGUCAUCAGUCAAAUACAGAGACACACACAGGUUGAUGGUGACUGGCGUGCAGAUCUCCUGUCGGCCAUUCAGCAGGUGUUUGUUAGAGAGCGAGACGUGCUGAAGAACUUUCUUCACUCUCACGUGGAGCGUCUGGACUCAACUGAUGUAGUCAUUCAUCUCAACCAAAUGCUGAGAGAGAUUACAGAACAGGAUGUGCGUCACAGGGAUGUGAUGGGUUUGUUGUGUACUGCGGACAGAAACAGUCUGAUCACAGAGAUCCAUCAGCUCAGAGCUCAGCGCCACCCUGUGGACACCAGCGCAGGAAACAGAGAGAGAGAGAGCGAGUCAGAAGAGCUUCACACUGAACUCAAACAAACUCAACUAGAUCUGGAGAGCUCACUGAAGUCUCAACACAGACUCAUGAAGGAUCUCGACACAGUCAGGGCGGAGGUGUUGCUGAAGACCGCUGAACUGGACACACUGAAUGACACGCUGGCGAGCGAGCAGAAGAGAGUCAGAGAGCUGCAGUGGCUCUAUGAGAAAGACAAAUGUAAAGCUGACAGGAAACAGGAAGCAGAGAGAGAGGAAGUGGAGGACCUUAAACUGAUGCUGGAAGAACAGCGAGCUCGUGUGUCUGAGCUGUCGAGUGCUCUGGAGAGAGAGACACAGAUGAGCAGAGACCAGACAGACGGAGAGCAGGUGUGUGAGGUGCAGUUAGAAGCUCAGAGGUGUCAUGCUGCUGAGAUCAGCAGUGCAUUAGAGAGAGAGAAACAUCUGAACGCGCAGCUGAUGCAGCAGAUGCAGACCAGCGUCACUCCUGCAGCUGGCACACAUGACACACUCAUGCAGGCUGAAGCCACCUGCAGUCAGGUGGAGUCUCUGCUGCAGACGCUGCAGUCGCAGCUGGCCGAGAAGCAGACGCAGGUGGUGCAGCUGAUGGAGCAGAUGGAGAAACAGAAACUGGACGAGCUGCAGCUCAGACGACAGUUUGAGGAGGAGAAAUCCUCUCUGACCCGCUCCGCCACGCAGGACCAGAGCGAGAUGAGGGCGGCUCGAGACUCCGCCACUCGUCUGGAGAGACAGACGGACGACCUGCGCAUGCAGCUGGACGCAGAGAGAGACGACCUGCAGAGGCUGGAGACAGAGCGAGACGGACUGCAGGAGAGAGUGAGACAGCUGGAGGAGAAAUUAAGACUCAUGGAGAAUAAGGAGAGUGUGCGGUCAGACGGUCAGUCUGCAGAUCGAACUCUCGAUUGGGUGUUACAGCAGAAGACCAGUGAGACGCAGGACUCCAGCACACCGUCAGGAGCCAAUCAGAGUUCAGAUCCUAAACAUGUCAACAACAUCCUGAACCGACUGCAGCUCAUCGCUGCUAAAAUCACCAGUCUGACCAGUGACAUGUCUGACAGGUUAUCUGUUGAAGCUGCGGACCGGGACAGUUUGACAUGGCUGCACAAUAACGUACAGGAUGUGAUGUCACUGUUACAGCAUAUCCCAUCAGCCCCCUCUGCCCUCCCGGAGAGCGGUGGUCUUCUGAUGGGAAGUUCAUCCAGUCUUCUGAAUGAGCGUUUACUGAGACAGAAUGCAGAACUCACAGGUUUCGUCAGUCGCCUCACAGAAGAGAAGAACGACCUGAGGAAUCAGUUACUGAGACUGGAGGAGGAGCUUCACCGACACAGACAGAGGAACUUCAACUCGACCACAGUGUCUCUCAGGAGCAGUGCGGAGCGACACGACAGUGAGCGAGACGUCUGGAUUCACGAGAGGAGUCGUUUAGAGAAAUCCCUCCGUCGGGCUGAAGCUGAGCUGAGUCGUGUCAGAGCAGACGUUCGUUCUGAUGCGCUCCGAGAUCUCACAGGAUCUGAUGUGGACAGCAGCGCUCUGAAGAAGAUCUACUGCAAAUACCUGCGUGCUGAGAGCUUCAGGAAGGCUCUGAUUUAUCAGAAGAAGUAUCUUCUGCUGCUGCUGGGAGGAUUUCAGGAGUGUGAGGAGGCCACGCUGUCUCUCAUCGCCCGCAUGGGCGGCCACCCCACACACACCUGUCCGGAGUCUCUCGGCCAUCGACGCAGAGGCUUCACUCGCUUCCGAUCCGCUGUGCGCGUCUCCAUCGCCCUCUCCAGGAUGAAGUUUCUGGCGAAGCGGUGGCAGAGAGCAGCUGGUGGUUCCCUCACGUCUCAGAUCAUCAGCAGGAACGGUCAGAUGACAGGAGCCGACGUGAGGAACGAGUCUUCAUAUCUGCAUCCAGGCGGUGUGGAUGUGUUCAGAGAGAGACGAGCGGGCAGCCGCGGGCGCACAGGACGAGAAUCACCUCGAUCUGCAACGUCGGUCACACACAGGUAUCACAGUAUGGCCGGUGACUCCGGAGGUUUGUCUUGUUCUCACCUGCAGAACUACGACCCCGAUCGAGCCCUCACAGACUACAUCUCUCGUCUGGAGGCCCUACAGAGACGACUAGGAAGUGUGCAGUCAGGUUCAAACGCUCAGAUGCACUUUGGAGUCAGAAGAUAGAUGAUCUGCGUUCACAUUUAUAAACUGGGUUGCCUUCUUUCCUGCUGAGCUGCUGUGCUUUUGUAUUCUUCACUAUGAUGUGGAAUGCUUCGUGGGACCAAAAAGGCGUUUUGUUUGCGUGUCGUCUUAUAAU